AUCCUUGGGCAGUGAGCUCUGUGCACGUCUAAGAAUCUCUUGUUGUUUCCACAAGUUUUAAUUUUGAUUAUUCUUCAGGAGGAAAAGCCUUUCUGCCAUGAAGGAUCACUUCUUGGGAUGUGGAUUGGAGACGAUGCGAUUCCGUGUACCCCUAGAAUAGCAAAAGGGCGAUCUAGAACAAAAGUGAAUAACACAAGAGGCCUUCGACUGAAAAACAAAGAGGAGGAGCUUAUGAAAUUGGCCAAACAGUUUGAUAAAAACCUAACAGAGGCCACCCAGGAGCAAGAUGCUCCUUACCAUGAUUGUACCCGUCUUCCAUCCGAUGCAAAGGUGUCACUCGAAUGUCAAGGCGAUGCACAGAUGAAGCGUCUUGGAAGACGUCCUCAGAUGGAUGCGGCGUUGCCCUUUGGAGUGGUUAAGGAGAAUGCGGAGACAGCUGAGCACUGUGAACAUAACAGUCAGAAGCUCGUAGAUCUUGAUGCAGAAGUAGCACUGAAUGCCCUUUUUGAUUGCUCUCCCCAGAAGUUCAGCGGCGAGUUGAGCCAGGGUUCUUCGAACAGCAGCUUUCACGAUAGCCAAAAUGCAAAAGAGCUCACCUCAAAGGAAACAGCAGGAAGAUCUCAUGGUUCUGUGACUGCAGGUGUUCCGCAAAGAUACAGCUCAGCUCCUGCUUUAAACUGUAGGGGACCAGUUACGGGUGAAAAAGCUAAAAAGGUGCUUGUACAAACCAUUCAAAGUGCAGCUAUUCCUACGACGGACACGGCUGUCUCUAGUAACAUUGUUAGCGAUGACUUGGAGGACUGGGGCACUGACCUGUUGUCAGAUGAUUCUUUUGUGAUGCAGAUCACUCAAAAUCCAGAACUGAUGGGUCCUCCCCAAAAGGCCUCCCCUAGUACUUUUCAGGACAGCUGUAAACCCAUGGGGAAAACAAUACAUUUGGACAGACCGAACAGUCCUGGCUGUGCCUUUUUAAAAUCCCGGAGCGACGUUGCAGCAUCACUCGCUUUACAAAAACAAAGCCAUGAAUUAGGGGUGCCGAAGUCUGUUCUUCCACAGGGUGAUUUCCGUUCAGAAAACAACAUCAGUUCCAUUUCAAAAAGUGGCCAGAACACAACUUCGUUGGGCAAUUCUGUUCCAGUGAAGCCUGAAAAUAAAAGUGUGACAGAAGGGUUUACUCAGCUGAAGGGUGUGAGCGUUCCUGCAAAAAAAGCUGCUCCUGUUGCAGUGCAUCCUAACCUCCCUAAACCACUUGUUGGAAAAUCCAGAAGUAGCACGUCCAGUAUUUACAGUGACACCUUUACUGCUUUCACUAGCUCAAAGCCUAAUAACCAGCAGGAAGUGGCUGGACAAACCUCUUCCGAUCCCUGUCAAACAGGAUCGUCCAAGAAACCCCCGCCGUCGUGUGGUGACUGGAAUGAGCCUCGACUCUCGGAGGAAGUUUUAGACUUGUUCUGUGAAUCCGACAGUCUUUGGGGGGCGAACUGCGAGGACGACGACUUGUUGUAUCGAGUGUGUGAUCACGUGGAGAAAAGUACUCUGAGCCAAGACGUUGCGAAAGAGAAUGUGAAAGCUACGUUGGCCGUGGUGAGCGCUGCCAAGCCGGAGGUGAAUCCCAGCCUCCUGGGACUGAAGCCAGGACUAGCUAGUUGCCCGCAACCCCAGAAGAGCAGGAAAACCUUUUCCUUGCACGCUCCACUUACCGCUGUGGCACUACUGAAGAAUGAGAAUUCUGCAGACCCUUACAUUCAGCGCAGCUGUGCGUCCUUUAAAAACAAGAGCGCGAACAGCCAUUCGGGGAAACUGUGCAGGUCGAAUUUGGUGUCUGACAAAACUGGAGCUUCUGGAAUGGACUCAAUCCCAAUGUCAGACAUAUCGCUGAACACUAACAACACGUCCUGGCAGAACGCCCCUUGGAAUGUGGGGAGGACACAGAGCAUCGGUAGCUGUAGUCCAGCAUCUAAUGAAAAGUCAAAAUACGCCUUCAAAAAGACAGGUAGUUCCCAAGCCCUCAUGUUGGGUCGUAACAGCAUCACCGGGGGGAGCCUAGGUGGAGGCCCCUUGGCUUUGGGGGAAAGCAAGAACGGACCAAACAUCCUGCCGCACACAGCAGUACAAGCAGAUCCAAAGACCGCUUUUAAGAGGCACUUCUCAGACUCUUCUGCACACUCAGAAACAGAGCAACAAAGUCGGAAGUGUUCUCAAGAAGAAAUUGCGAGGAAAAGGCAAGAAGCUCUCGAACGGAGAAAAUGUAAAAUGCAAGUGUCGCUCAAAAAUGCAGCACCCACAUGAGUGUGAGCUGGAAGAAUCGUUGGCAUCGGAAUCCCAAGGAAGACUCUUAAUUGGGGUUUUAUAGUUACCUUCACUCCCCAUGCACCUGUCUUGCUGCUUCUGGGAAAUACCAGUGUUGAUCCUGUCAGCAAGAAGCUGCUUCUUUUAGUUCUUUUUAAAAAAAAACUCAAAAAUUAUAUUUUACAGCUGUGAAUGAAACCCUGUUCACAGGAAAGCAGUCUAGCAAAAUGGCAUAAAUCCCACAUAGGGUUUCGGCAGAUGCAAGGGAUUUCUGGCCACAGAGGGUUUACUGUCCCCACUUUCUACCCCUUCCCAAAAUAGCACCUGAAUUAAGGUUUGUGCCCUCCCAGAAGCAGCAUGGGGGGAUUUGAAGAUUUGCAGUGGGAAGGGGAAACGGCAGAAGUCAUUUCUGUUUUUUCCCACAAAAGUAACCUGUGGAGGCCAAGCCUCCGUUUCAGUAUUUUGUCACUCAGAGUAACAGUACAGCAGAUACCUGCCCUCUCAGAGAUAAUACUAUGGCAGUUCCUACUUCAGGCUGCAUAAAAGUUCUCAAGUUUUUGUUUUUUAAUUAGGUUUGGAUGGUAGCUCUCUCUUCCUAUCAAGUUGCCUGCCCUAGCUUUGCAUCUGCUAUUCCAUGUGGUGGAGUUCAGUCUAUCUCAGUAACUAUUCUGACCCUCGCGAUGAGCAGCCACAAAGCCACCGAAUCAAAUCAUGGCAGCAGUUCCCAGGUUGACCUCAUUUUUCAUUUUUGCACAUCAGCAGCACUGAACGACCUAUCUGGCUUAUAAAUUCUGAGGCUACAGUAGACCACACCAGGGUUGUCUAGAAUUUAUUUAUCUGUGUACAUGAUGUAUAUUUUGUAAAUCAUGAUUAAAAUUGCAGCUUCUUAUGCAACAAUAUUCA